CUGUUGUUCGGGAAAACUGAGUUGUUCGCAGCCCAGUCGCUUCUGUCUAAUGACAAAAUGAGUCGCCAAGAGGAAACUGAGUUGGAAAUAAGUGUCAGAAGACUGAGAGAAAAGUUCCAUGGAAAGAUCCCAAUCAGCAAGGCAACUGUGCUUAUGCGAAGAUACUGCAACAACCACUCAAUGGUGGCAAUGGUGAUCAUCCUAAUGAAAGAUAAUGAUCUGGAUGUGGAGGACCAAUGGUGUCUGGAAAAUGAUCCUGUUGUUAAGAAUGUGGUGGAGAAACUGCAGAAUGAGGAAAGAGAAAGGGAGAGGAGAAAAGAAAGAACAUCAGGAGCCAGUAAAGAUGCUGGUAGUUCUAAUGAACCUAAUACAAACAAAGGUCCUAAGGGGGACAGAGACAUAAAGGAACUUGUGCAGCAACUUCGGGUUCUGCCACUAACAGAGAAGAAUAAGCGCAUGUUUGAUCAGGCACAGCAAAACCUAAUCCCCUCUGAUGACCACCAGUUUGCCUGCCAGCAAUGUGACAGGAGCUGGUGGAGACGAGUCCCUAGGAGAAAAAAGGUGUCUCGCUGUCGGAGAUGCAGACGUAAAUACGACCAUGUACCAGUGGGCAAAAUGUGGGGCAUUGCAGAGUUCUACUGCGCUAACUGUAUGCGGUCUUUCAAGGGAUUUGGACGGAUGGACUUGGGCUCGCCAUGUUAUGGUUGCCGCUGCAUUGUUAUGCCAACAAAAAUCUUGCCACCACGCAGAAACUUCAUGGAUCCAGGGCCUAGGAGAAGGCACCAGCACAGCUGCCUUGCAGAGGACUGCUACAACAGACAGGAGCCCCAUGUCCCUGGAACAGAGUGUGUUCACCCUGUCAGCAGGAAAAGAAAUGGCAAGCCGGUGGUGGUGCACCCCAGCGACCACCACAUCAGCAGUGGCUCUACAGUAAACACCUGUCUGAGCCAGGGCAGCCUGUUGGAAAGCCUGUCUGAACUCAUCCUAGAUGACAUCCAGGAGGAGGCAAGUGAUGACAACGACUCAGAAGACAGUGUUAGCAGCUAAAGAAAAUGCCAUGAGAGUAUCUGCUAGGGUGCUUUACACCAGGACCAAAAAGUUGGUCAAACCAGAUUAAUAAAAUGCUACACUAUCUGUUCCUUCAGAGUUACCCUUCACCUCUUGCUUUUAAGACUAUGGUGUAUCUUAC